AUGCCUCCUGCCUCCAGAGGUAUCCUCACCACCCUCCGCUUCAUCCGCAGUUAUGCCGCCGCCGGUCCUCGGUCACGCUUGUCCGAUCUGCGACGGCGAAGACCACUGCCUCUCGAGAGACCAACUCUGGUUUCUGAAACGAAAUUGCAAUUAAAGGCACCCGAGCAAGCGCAGAAGGAGGGCGGGUUCAAGCAGGAACAUGAAGGUCAAAAACAAGAAUAUGAUCGACGAAGCAUCUUCGACGACUUCUUCCAUGCUUUCCGGCCCUGGAUUGGAGGCUUGUUCUUCAUCGCGCCGCCCACGGCAUUUUUCUUGCUAUUCCUCUGCCCUGUCGAACCCAUGCACAUCACCGGCCCUUCCAUGUCACCCUUCCUCAAUGUCAACUCUUCGCCUGAUCUCCCUGAAACCACGGAUUAUAUCCUGGUCCAGCGUGUACUCCUGGAUUCCUGGUUUCGACCGCAUCUGCCGAAGGUGGAUGUCAAGCGCGGCCAGAUCAUUGUCUUCCGCACCCCGACCAGACCCGAAUCGUUGGCAGUGAAACGGGUUGUUGGUGUCCCGGGAGACAGAGUGCAUCCCUUAUCGGGCUACCCUGGCGGUGACGAGCCGGUCGUGGUACCAUUCAACCACAUUUGGGUAGAAGGCGACGCGAAUAGCCGGGAUAAGAGCGUCGACUCCAACUGGUACGGCCCGAUCAGCUUAAAUCUGGUAGUUGGGACCGCCAAGAUCCUUAUGACUCCAUGGUACUCAUGGAAGGUGAUCCGGCCGGAGGAGAACGACUACCCAGCGAAGAAGAGUGGUCGAAUCGAAUACGACGCCGUCUUCGACGCGAAGAUCAAUCCAGAUGCAAAGCGUCUCAGCGAGGCUUUCACCGACGGCAAAGCCGAGCAGGAACUACUCAUUUUGCGCAAGAACCGCGACCUUUUGCCCACUUUCCUCCGUGACCCGAAGAAGUACGCCAAGAUGAAGAGAAUGUACGCCUCUGCCUGCUGGGAGCUCGAGAAUCAGGACGAUCCGGAGAUCAUAGACACCGCUCAGGGUAUUGUCGACGAGCUCGAGACCGCCUUUGAGGCGGUUGGUCUGGCGAGGAAUGGUAACCCCCUGCCUCCCGCUUUGGCUGCACGUGAAGAAGAAAACUCCAGCCAGAGGAGGAGGCUGGAGGAAUAUCUUGCAACGGCCAAAGGCUCAGACAGCAGCAGCGAUGGUUAA